GGCCGCUUGCCAAAAGCAAAACCUCCCCAGCUAGAAAUAAAUAGCCUCUGUGGUUGGAGUGCAGCUCUGCCUGGGCCUGACCCCAGGGAUGGGACGGCCUCAGCGAGGGGCUGCCGGUAUUUUUACCCCCGCCGCAGUUUCCUGCCGUGGGGCCAAGCUUCCAAGGGGUGACGGUGCAUGGGGAGGGGAUGGGGCUUCAGCCCUGAGCCGCUGCAUCCCAGUCAGGCUGGUUAGGAGGAUGGAGGCCCUUCGCUGUCCCUGCAGAGCCUUCCUCCUCCCCCUCUCCCUCCUCCCCCUCCCUGGUGCAGCUCAGGGUGGCCUUUGCAGGGUGGCUGCUUUCCUGUGUGACACCAAGUCCAGCCCCAAGCUCUUCCUGUUCUCACUUUGGGUCACGGGCCCCCACCGGGACGGGGAUGUGGCCCCAUGGCUGCUGUUCUGAGGGGCACAGCCCCCAGAGGGGACAAGGCACAGCAGGGUGGUGGCUGCACCACAUGGGCCCUUCCAGGCUGCACCCGGGCACCGCAUUGCAGCCCCAGGUGCUCUCCUUCACCCCGUGCCCAUGAAGGAGCUCUGAUGCUCUGGUGCAGGACAGGUGCUGCCAGCACAGGGGGAGGAGAGCAGCGGUGGGGGUCCGGUUCCCAGCAGCCUGUGGGGACCUCAGAGCCCUUGGGGGCAGGCAGGGACACGAGGAGGUGAGGGGCUUCUGCGUGCUGCUGGAAGAGCAUCUCCCACUCCUCCUGCUGACUGCUGCCUCAGUUUCCCCCCUUCCAACCCUCUCCCCAAACCACGGGGCCCAGGAUGCCAGCAUUGCCCUCUGCCCCACGACCCUCAUCCCUGCAAGCUGCCCCAUAAGAGGGGUCCCAGUGCUCGCUGGUCCCCCAGCUGCACCGCCUUCUGGCCGUGCCACCCAUCCCCAGCCAGCACCCUGCGGCUCUCCCGACACCCAGCACCCCAUUGCCAGCCGGUCCCAUGCACCACAUGAUGUUGGCUCCUUCCCUCCCCCGGGGAGGGCCCAGGUUUGGGCUUAAAGCCGAGCACAUCCCAGCGAGGAGCGGCGAUGAUGGGCGUGCUGGGCUGGCUCGUGGCCGCCGCUCUCGGCAGCUCCGUGCGGGGGCAGGACAAUGCGCUCUCCCAUCCGCACCCCCAUUUCGGCUCCAUCUACCACGUGCGAGGGGUCAUCAACCUGCCCUACGCCGAGAUCGAGGAGCCCUUCGAAGCCUGGUACAACCUGACAGGGAACAAGAGCCGGAUCCAGUAUUAUGGGGGGCAGGUGAUCACGUACCAGCUGGCCGGGGUGAAGCCCUAUGGGAUGCGCUACAAGAUCACCCCCGAGACCACCGAGAAAGAGGUGAACGCCCGGAAAUGCUUCCAGCUGCCUGGCUCCAAAGAGGACGUGGUCAAGGCUCAGAGCGUCUUCCCCAGCUUGGAUGGCUUCAAGGUGAGGGGUGGGACGUGCCAGAGCCUGGAGCCGACCGCUGCCCGGAGCAUCCCUCGGGAUGGGUGCUGCGUAAUGGGCUUUGGGAACUACGCGUGUGAUGGGGGUGAGGAGUGGCGAGCCUACGAGUGGAUCAAGAAGCACGGCGGCAUCGCCAGCACCGAGUCCUACGGCACCUACAAGGGGCAGAAUGGCUUGUGCCACUACAACCAGUCUGAGAUGCUGGCCAAGAUCACGGGCUACGUCAAUGUCACCUCGGGCAACAUCACAGCAGUCAAAACUGCCAUCUACAAGCAUGGCCCCGUGGCUGUCAGCAUCGAUGCCUCGCACAAGACCUUCUCCUUCUAUUCCAAUGGGAUCUACUAUGAGCCCAAGUGCGCAAACAAGCCAGGACAGCUGGACCAUGCGGUGCUGGCCGUGGGCUACGGCGUCCUGCAGGGAGAGACCUACUGGCUCAUCAAGAACUCCUGGUCCACCUACUGGGGCAACGAUGGCUACAUCCUCAUGGCCAUGAAGGACAACAACUGUGGCGUGGCCACCGAGGCCACCUACCCCAUCCUGGCCUAAAACACCUCUCUGAGGGCAGAGCCUUUGGUGAUGCUCCCUGUGCACAUCCCUGGAUCAGAACCUUUGGUGGGAUCCGUGGUGGAGGAAGAAGAUGGGGACCUGGUGGGAUCUCAUGGUGGAAGAGGAAUUUGGGGACAUGGUGGGACGUCAUGGUGGAAGAGGAAGAAGGGGACAUGGUGAGACAGGACAGUGGGUGCUGGAAAAGCAGCCAUGGGCUUGCCAAUAAAGACCUUGGAAAAACACAA